CGUGCACUGUCAUAUAUUUCCCUGCUUUAGGCCCCUUUGCCACAUGUACAUGCCGCAUCGCACAUAAUAAGCCUACACAUCCGGGUGACUUGGUACAAGCAUGGAGCUAUAGCUCCAUGGUACAAGCAUUACUAACGACGAAAAUGAGAGCACUGACCCGAACCUUUUGUACUGUUGUACUGAACUCAGGCUCAAUGCGCCAUUCUUCAACCGAAAAAAAAAAGUUGGUCGGUUUGGUAUUCAGUUGCUUUGGGCAUAAUUAUGAAAGCGUGAACUUUGUACCGUGUGACAAAAUAGCUGAUAGGCCUGUAAAUUCACCAUACCCGCAUAUUGAUGUCAGCUUGCCUGGCUCAGCAUGCAGUUGAUGUUCCAGAUCAUGGAUUAUCAUUGCCUUGCAGUACGGAAGGCCAAGACGAAGUACAAAUUGUUUGUCAUUACAACGCCUACACACCGGUCCUCACCAUAGCAUAACCAGCGAGAAAUUUGGUUUUCCGUUACUCCAAAGAUUCUCACCAUGCAGUCAACAUUGAGUGAGGUCAAAUUGAGGCAUUUGGCCUCAAAUCUUGGCAAGGAAUGGACAGCUUUAGCCACCUAUUUGGGAGUCAGAAGUGAUGAGGUCGACCGGAUUAAAGAUGACUAUCUGGGCUCAGAGGAGCAGAUAUUCCACAUGCUGAUGAUUUGGUGGCAGCGGUGGGAUCAUCGGAAUGAGGGUGGGGAGACUGGCGCUGUAGAUGCUCUUUGCGAAUCUCUUGUGAAAAGUGGAAGAACUGAUGUAGCGCAGUCAUUAAGAGGCCCUGAAACUAAUGUGGACGAUUUCAACUUUGAAGUUUGCCGUGACGAGUUCAUCAGAUACUACAAAGAUGCAAUGGGUGUGGUUCCAUUGCUCCCUUGGCUCGCAUCAGAGGUCAGCAAGAUUAACGACAUGUACGUAAAACUCAAAUACAACGAGAAAGACAACAAGGCUGGAAGAGUGGUAAAACGUCACAUUGGCUCUUACGAAGACAUGCUGAGAUUGGAAUUCCAUGAUGGCCAGCCAGUCCGAUUUAUCCUGCUUUCUGGCAUUGCUGGUAGCGGCAAGACCACCAUCGUGUCAAAGAUUGCAACCGACUGGGCUCUUCAAACGCCGGGAUCGCAACUCUCCAAAUUCAGUUUUCUGGUCGCCCUGAGCAUGCGUGAAUUGAAGAGGGCCCCAGAUCUGACUGAAGCAGUAUUUGAUCAGAUUCUUGCAAAAGAUACGAAAGUGAAUCCCGUAGCCCUGAAAGAUCACUUGAGGUCACAUGCUGAAGAGGUUCUUGUCGUUUUGGAUGGCGCUGAUGAGUUUGAUAAAGAGGGGUCUCAGCUACCAACUGAAGGUGACAUCAUUGACAUCAUCAGCAACAAGGUUCUUCGUGGAUGUACCGUCAUUGUCACAACACGUCCCCACAUGGUGGACAAGUUGUACAAGCUCAAUCCUUGCUUCACUCGCAUCGAGACCAGUGGCUUCUCAGACGGAGGGGUACAGGAAUACAUUCAGAAGUUUUUCAAGGGCGAGGACCCGGAGGUCUCUGCCAUGCUCUGUAGGUACUUGAUGAACUCUAAGAGCCUCACGAAUUUGGCAAGAACACCGAUUAUGCUGCUGUUAAUAUGUCUAAUCUGGUCAGGCGAGCAUGUGCUACCAGAUACGUUGACAGAGCUGUUCAAAGAGGCCGUUUACUUCAUGCUGAGACGAUACCUACAGAAGUUCGGUCAGCUUUACCAAGAUGAUGACGAAUUGCAUUCACAAGAGCUACAUGAGCUGGUGCAAGAUCUGGGAAAAGUGGCACUUGACGGGCUGAUGCUUCCAGGGCUGAAACUGGUUUUUGAGGCCUCUGAGUUUGGAGAUUCCAAAAAGGUUGUAAGGGCUUGCAAAAUAGGAGUUUUGCUUCAAGAGAGGGUCCGAAGUAAGCUCCGUGUAAUGCAACAUGUGACUUUCUUUCAUAAGACAUUCCAAGAGGCGAUCGCUGGGUUUUAUUGGGCUAGUCUAGCCGAGUCUGAUCCAGACGCUUUCAACUGGUAUCUGAAUCAAGUGAAUAAAAAAAACGCUCUCGCUCUGGGGUACUUGUUGCGAUUCUGUUGUGGGUCGGAUGUCAAUGCUGCUAGACCACUUCUUACCCAUCUUGUCGGAUGUGGUAAUAUGGAAGAUUUGGGCAGUUUAUGUCUUCGAAUGCACCUCGAGGCACAGUGUAAUGAGUUACACAAUAUCAUGACCCCUGUGUUCAAGAACGGCCUCUAUUUCGACUUAAAUUGGGGAGGGGACAUCAGGUUGGCUUUCGAGUUUCUGAUAAAGUGUGCCUGUCAGCCCUCUGCAAGUCAGUCGUCUCUGAUGAGUGAGUUGAAAGACGUCACUAUCCUAAGGGUUCAGAAGAACAUCCCAUUGGUUGUUGACAUACUAAGGCACGCACAGAAUGUGACAGAUAUCACGUUAGAUUUCAGUCAAACCAUAGAUGGCACAGUCGUAGAUGCAGGCUUACAAACCGCCUUGGGUGAUGCGCUUUGUCAGUUGCCAUCACUUAGGAACAUGUCACUGAUUGGCAAGGCCAACUUAUCCGCCACGUUUAAUCACAUGGCUCUAUUACCUCCGGUGAGUUACAUCCAGCGCUUUGUCUUACGGGGUAUUGUCGUUGAUUCCAGGCAUUUGAGGAGAUUCAUUGAGAGGCAAGACAAGCUUUGUCACAUUUCUCUUAGCAAUGAAAACCUUAUCGUCCGUGACAGUUGUCACGAUGUCGAAGAUUCAAGUGAGGGCGAUGACGAGAAUGAUGAUAUUGCGUCAGGAGAACAGCAGAUGAAGUUGUUAAAACAACUGAGUGUGAAAUACUACAAAACUCGAUUCCUUGUAAGCUGCUUUCGUUGGUCAUGUCCAAAUCUCGAAGUCUUGGAGCUUUUUGGAGUUGAUCUUCAAGAAGAAGAUUUUCACAGGGUCGGUGUCAUUAUUUCCCAAGCCCCUCAACUUAAAGUGGUUGAUUUAUCGGAAAACCAAAUCGGAGUUGCUUUCCCACGGCUUGCAGAGCAAUUCAUAUCAUUGCUGAAUUUGGAGGUUUUGAUACUGAAGGACGUAGGAUUGCUACCAGACGAUGUUGGGUAUUUUGCCAGAGUUAUCCUACCACAUUUGGUAAGUCUGCGCAUUCUGUCCAUCUCCAAGAAUGAUUCUCUGAAUGCACCGGCUUUACUUUCUGUCAUGCAACGGUCAUGUGAGUCGUCAUCUCUGAAAGAGCUUAGCAUUCACAGCUGCGUGACCAAGGAAUCAGAGGCAGACCUACUACACACGACAGCAGGUGACUUGGAAGAUCCUCCUGUAGAUCCCACAGAUACGACGCAUGAAGGCUCCGUUGAGAUUCUCACCCUUCGAAGCAACAGUCUCGGCAAAUGCACCUCCAAGAUCACAAGGCUUAUCAAACAAUUGCCUUCUUUGAAGUCAUUGGAUAUGAUGCAUAUGCCGCUGUCUGAUUCUGAAAUGGUCUGCCUUGCUGAUGCUCUUCGUUGCUGUCAACAGCUCCGAGAGUUAUACCUGUACAGAGCUGAGACGUUUGGAGACGUUGGAAUGGAAGCCCUUCUGAAAAUACUUCCUGAUCUACCACACCUGGAACAUCUUGAAUUGCCAUCAUACACAUACAGCGACGGUACUGAUUUCAUGCAAGAAUGUCUCAAACAUCGAUUCCCCUACGGCUCGGUGUGCAUCUUUGAGCUGCCACACAUUAAGAAAGUUAAACAAACCGUUCAAGAAUACAGUGCAAAGACAAAAUAAAGGAAAAUACGAGAGGAACUCUGCAAAAGAUCAUUGCAAAUGCAUAUUGUCAGCAAUUCAAAUUUAUUCUGUAUACAUGUGUACAUAUUCUCCACUUUCUACAACAUUUCAACAGUAAUGUUGAUGUUUAAUAUCAGUUUCAUCACCAGAUGUUUUCAUGAACUAAAUUACUGUCACUAAAGUCGAUCUUGUAAAAUGACAAUUAACGAAAACCUUAUCGAGUUGUUAGUUGUCCGGUGUAGGCCAAUAUUCAGUGAAUGGACGUCUGCCAUGUUUUGUACUCAUAUCAGUCAUCCAUUUUGCUAGUAUUUUACACCGGAGAACAGCCCCGUUUAAUUAAGUUCCUCUGGAUCUGGCAAAGGCAUCGGCUUGUUUAUCUCAAUUGUUUCGACAAUUAUCAACAUCUUGACAGUAUAAAAGUUCAAAAUUGAUUACAUGGCGUGGUUAUGUUAAUGACCUUUUAGAGAACUUUCAGUUCAGUUCUUUUGUAAUGUUUUUGCCUUGAUCAUGAUGCGUGUGUCCUUAUAUGCGGGACCUUACUGAUGAGCAGAGUAUUAGCUUUAAUGUGUAUACGGGGAGUUGAAGAUCAUCAAAAAAAUGUGGCUUCUCCUCACAUUCACAACCAAUAAUCUUGGCUAUAAGUGGUUCUUUUUUUUAAAUAACUAACCCGGUAUUUGUCUGGUAUUUUGAUAUUGUUCUUGGGGAGUAAUUUUUUAGUUUUUGUAACUUCUGUCUGCAAAUUAAGUAGCCUACUAGCCUUUAAUUGCAAAGCAAGAUUAGGGAAACGCUCUGUUUGCGCACCCCCGCCCCUCCCUUCCGGAUCCUCACUUACCAAAACUCCUUAAAUGGCUAAGGCCGGGGUAAAUAUUUACCAAUUAAUUAAGCUGUGACUGAGUGUUUGCAUUAAUGCAGCUUUUGCAAACUGUUGUUAAAUUAAUGGGUUAUAAAAAACAAGAUUUAAAUAGUACGACCAUUGUAAAGCAUACUGCGAUCAAAAUAAAUAUUGUUCAGUUGCAUCUGCAUCUA